ACGGCACAAACUGCCAGUAGAUCUUUAUGUAGAGAGACAGAGACAGAAAGAGGGAGAAAACGGAGGGAGAAAGACAGACUCUUAAAGCUGGGCAAGAGAAGAGCAAGUCAGAACUGCCCCCUGAGCUGCACUGACAGCUCCAGAGCACUGGGAACAUGGGCAGGCGUCUCCCCCCGCUGCCGUCCUGAACCAGCACACUGCACUUCAGUAGCUCCCUUCUCUUCUGUUCUGGCAGGAGCUCCACGCUGCACCAUAACGAGGCUCCUCGGGGACAGAGGAAUGCAAAUCUGCAAUCAUGAUGGAAGGAUUGAAAAAACGCACCCGGAAGGCCUUUGGGAUCCGGAAGAAAGAGAAGGACGCCGACUCUGCGGGGUCACCAGACAGAGAGGCAGGGCCUCAGAAGAAGUCCAAUGGGGCUCCUAAUGGAUUCUACGGCGAGAUUGACUGGGACCGUUAUAACACUCCUAUGGUGGAUGAUGAAGGCUAUAGCAUAAGGCCAGAUGAAGAUGAUGAAUCCCCUAAGGAAAAAGGCCGCUUCUUCUCCUCCAGUGAGUCGGAGGAUGAGGAAGACCACCGCAAAAAGUUCAAGAUCAAGAUCAAACCACUGCCUGUGGACAGUUCUGAGUUUGUGGCUCCUUCUGUAGAUGAAUUAAAAGCCUCCAUAGGCAACAUAGCUCUGUCUCCCUCGCCUCUGAAGAGUCUGAGACGUAGCCCGGGCCUGGCAAAAAGAAAUAAUCCUGGUGAUGAAAUUCCAAGACCAAGACGUUCUAUUCCAACAGCUGCUCAAGCACCUGUGGCCUCACACACACCUGCAGCUGAACCUGUAGCUGAACCACCCAGCACUAAUAAAUCUCCAGUGGUGGAGGACGCAACAGCCUUAUUCGGCCCUCCAUUGGAGACUACAUUCGAUGAGCACAAGACAGAAGUGCCGAUAGAGGAACCUGAGGUUUGGGGUGCUCCCUUGCGUGAGCCAAACCCAGACUCUUCCCUGGGAAGACCUUUCCCUUCAGGAACGCUACCUCCACUUCCACCCAAGAAUGUGCCGACUUCCCCCGCUCCAAGCAAUUCUCCAACUGCAGAUGCAGCUGAUGGGAAAGUAGAGGACGAUUCAGCGCACACCCCAAACAGACCCUCCAUAGUGGAUCUGGACAACAUCUUUGGCCCAGGGGACUCACUGAAACCUGAUGACAUUACUGCUGAUCGAUGGGUGUGCUUCGGCGACGAGACGCCUGAAAGACCGCCCCCUCCAGCUGAGCCCGUCCCACUACCGAUCACAGCUGCUCCUCCUCCAGCAGAGCCAGCACCACCUUUACCAAUGUCACCACCUCCCCCUGAAGAUCCUGCCCCCCCUCUCCCAAAAACAGAACCACCAAAAGGAACCGUGCACUCUCCAACAAUUUCUGUACCAUCCAAAGAAACCACUCCUUUUCCCCCAACAGUCCCGCCUCCUCCAGAUGAAGAGGCCCCACCUCCGCCCGACGAGUCCGUUAUGUCCAGCACUGAAUCAGCAACACCUGUCUCUGCUGGAGAGGCAGCGUCUGGUUCAGUCACUACUCCACCUGGUGCUGUGGAGACAAAUGCAUGUACAAUCCCCCCACCUCUGGUCCUUGAUCAGGAAGACAAGAAGACCCCUGAAGAGGACAAUCCAAAAGAAGACCCAGCUGAAUGCAUUGCUUCGCCCAAAGAAAUUGGUCAAGGCUCACGAUCAACGCCCCCACCUCCUCCACCCCCUACAUACAGGGCAGUGGUGUCAUCCCCAGGGCCUAUCCCUGGAGUAGCCAGCGGAGACAGUGGCAGUGGCUCCUUCUCCCCUGCACGCCCUGCAACACCAUUGGCCUCUAGCAGUCCUCCCCCUCCCCCUCCACGGCCAUCCUCUCGUCCCAAAAUGGCUGCUGGGAAAGCAAGCGUAGGGGACGUGAAUCGGCCUUUCAGCCCCCCGGUCCACUCGUCCAGCCCUCCACCUAUGGCCCCUCUGGCACGGGCGGAGAGCACCUCCUCCAUCUCUUCUACCAACUCCCUCAGCACUGCCACCACACCCACCGUCGGUAAAGAGCUGUCCGUGUCUGUGUCAGAUGACGACGUUUUUGUAGAAAAACUGCCCAGCUUUGAGAGGCAAGAUGAUCUGCUCUCAGAGACAGACCAGCCCUCCCUCGUAUGGUUUGACAGAGGCAAGUUUUAUUUAACAUUUGAAGGCUGCUCGCGAGGGCCCAGUCCCCUCACCAUGGGGGCCCAGGACACACUCCCAGUGGCGGCAGCCUUCACUGAGACGGUCAAUGCUUACUUUAAAGGCACUGAUCCCAGCAUGUGUGUGGUGAAGAUCACAGGGGAGAUGGUGUUAUCUUUCCCGGCUGGCAUCACCAGACACUUUGCCAAUAACCCGUCGCCUGCAGUUCUAACCUUCAGCAUAACCAACUGCAGCAGCCUGGAGCACAUCCUUCCUAACCCCCAGUUACUGUGUUGUGACACUACAGACUCCAAGCCCAACUCUAAGGAAUUCUGGGUGAACAUGCCAAACCUCAUGGCCCACUUAAAGAAGGUGGCUGAACAAAAGCCUCAGGCCACGUACUACAAUGUAGACAUGCUGAAAUAUCAGGUUUCGGCUCCAGGUCCGCAGUCUGCCCCUCUAAACCUGGCCGUGAACUGGAGGUGUGAGCCCACCAGCACUGAUCUGAGGAUAGACUACAAAUACACUGGCAGCGCCAUGACCACGCCAGUAGCUCUCAACAAUGUCCAGUUCCUCGUCCCUGUGGAUGGAGGGGUCAGCAAACUGCAGGCUGUGCUUCCACCAGCUGCCUGGAAUGCAGAGCAGCAGAGAAUCCUGUGGAAGAUUCCGGAUAUCUCUCAAAAGUCUGAGAAUGGAGGGGUGGGCUCCCUGCUGGCACGCUUCCAGCUGACGGAGGGUCCCAGUAAGCCUGCACCUCUAGCAGUGCAGUUCACCAGCGAGGGCAGCACCCUGUCAGGCUGUGACAUCAAGCUGGCCAGCCCUGGCUAUCGCUUCUCCCUCAUCAAGAAGAGGUUCGCUGCAGGGAAAUAUCUGGCAGACAACUGAUCAACAUCGUAGACCCAUGCGAGAGAAUGUGUCUCUUAUGGACUAAAUGAAAAUUACUCAGAACAUAAGAGAGACGGACGCACUGGUUCCUGCCUGACCCUUCAGACAGUCCCUUUAUAGAUUUCUGAUACAGGCAGAGCCCAUACUCCAGCAGUAUUGUAUAAGUUACAUAUAGAAAUCGUGGACCGUUUUAGGGUGUACUUCUUGUAUUUGUAAACUGUAAACAUUUCAGAACUGUAUUGCUGCUGUUAUUCAGCAUGGGCUUUCCCUUAAGGCUAGCCUCUCGCCUGACUAACAACUUGAUGUUCAACCCAUGGGCUGUGGCUGCCUGAACACUCACUCUAUUCGAUACUGACAUCGAUAUUGAUACAGGUAGAUCAGUGUUGAAACGAAUCGACUAUUUUAACCAGGAUAAGAAGCUCUGGAUGAAGUCUGGUAGAGUUGAUUAAGUCCAUGAGCAGUCAAACUCUUUCUGUUAAUGAAGAAAUGUUUAAUCUCAGACCUUACUCUUGGCAAGCUUGGAUGCAACUUUUUGGCACUGGUUAGGAAACGAGGCUGUUCAUGAUUCGGUCAGCUGAUACUGGAGUGUGUCUCAGGGCCACAAGGAGGCAGUAUAUUGUAAGAUUACACAUAUGUCAUUCAGAUUAAUCUGUGUAGUUUUUGGAAUGUAGCUGAAUCAGGUAAAGAGAGUAUUACGAGACUGUAAAGACAUGCGCCACAUGUAAAGGUCAGGCUUUUGUGGGCACACUAGAAUAAUGUCAUAUUUGAGAUAUGAUAGAACAUUUUUUCAUCUGAGAUUUGGGCAGCCACAUCUUAAAAUAUGUCUUGCUUGCAAUUGUAUGAAAAAGGUUUUUCCCUUGAGAAAAAAAAAAACAUUUUAAAUGGAUAAUAUAUAUCUUGAAGGGCGUUUGGUGUUUUUCCUUGUAUUGUUGAAUAGCCUUUCUGUUGUUCCCAAGACAGCAGUGUUAGACUUCUGAGUACAUCAUUCUAUUUUUAUUUAUUCACAAUAAUUUGUUGUACAAAAAAAGAAACAAAAACUCUGUGACUCUGUAUAUGUAUAGACUUUGAAUGGUAUCACAAUUUAGGACCCUUAAAGUUAUAAAUAUUUGAUUUUUUUGUUAUCUGUGUAGUUGGGUAAACUGUGUACAGUAUAACUGCUGAGGUAUAAUUUUUAAAUUUAUUUCAAAUAUAAUUUUUUUAAACUCAAGUGCACCAGAAGAUUUGAGCUGUAUAUGGGUGGGGAUUAAAAAGGACGUAUAAUGUAUCUACCUGCUUUAAGAAAGCAGUGUUACGUAUACCUGCACUAUUAGUGGGGAAAAAAAAAUAGAUUGUCAGCUUUUGGACAUUUAACCUAUUUCACCAUUAAGACCAAUAUGUGCAAUCUGAAUCUGACAUCUCUGCUCCAGUGCAUUUUAUUGACAGUCUUUAGCAUGAGUCCCUAUCCAAAUCGCCCCAACGCUUAAGGUUACGGAUUUAAUUUGCAAAUGGUAAAUGUCUCUGUGAGAUGACAAGGACAAGGUUUGGGGAGGGGUAAAGACAACCAAAAAUGCUUCUUCCUUCUUUAGGUUUUUGUUUUUUGGAUUUGUGUGUGUAUCUCAAGAACUGUCCUUAAGAGAGAAUAAGCUGCAUAUUUUUUCAAUGUUAAAAACUACUAAUAAAGUGGAAAAAAAAAUAUUGUUCCUUGUGGAAAAAAAAAUACCACUGUGCUACUGUUGAACUUCCCAGAUGUUCUGAUAUUCAAUGUCAACAACAAAAAACCAUUGGGUAACUAUAACUCAAAGUGUCUGUCAUAGAGAUUGUGCUGGUUUGAAGAGAACACUGACACUUUUUGAAAGAGUUGUAUUCCCACUGUGGAAGAGCUAAAGUACCCUAGACUUGAGCGCUGUGUCACACAGUAUGCUCCAUCGAUUUCCUAACUGCACUGAGCUCAUUAGAUUUAAGAACUGAAACAGUGUCCAUUAGCUAAAAGAAAAUCCCUUGAAUGCAGUUCUGUGGAACAGCUGAUCAGUUUGUCUUCACAGUCCAAAGUGAAUUUUUGCCAGGAAAUAUACAGGAAAGGCAAGAAACUAUGUUAUAUGUGUAAGUGAAAUCACGUGUGACUGUGUGUGUAUGUGUGUGCGUGAAUGAGUGUGUGCAACUGAGAUCUUGUGCAUGUGUGGCUGUAUUGAUAGAUCAUUCUAGAUUCUUCCCAGCAACAGGUGCAAGCUGUGUUUGUACAAAUGAUGUUAACACUGAACUGAGUUACUUUGCUCUUUCCAAACCAAUAAAACGUAAGCAGAAUGUA